AUGGUUGUCAAUUUACAACCAAAGAUAGUGAUAAACGACGCCAGCGACGACAACUAUGCAGUAGCAUAUAAAGGAGCUUGGUGGUACAACGCAUGUACACAAGGCGAGUCUAAAUGGAUUGUACUUGAACGGGAACAAAAGGAUUGCCUUGCACUUUUUGAAAAAGGUUGCAAGGAGGACGGUAUAUAUACAAUAGAACCUGUCGGUGGGUUAAGCAUACAAACAUGGUGCGAUAUGAAAAAUGGUGGAUGGACAGUAAUACAACGCCGACUGGAUGGGUCAGAAAACUUCUACAGAACAUGGACAGAUUAUGUUUGUGGAUUCGGUGACAUAUCAGGCGAGUACUGGCUUGGUCUUGAGAAUAUACAUGGGCUAACUACCGUUAACAGUUCUUUAAAAAUUGAAAUGGAAGCAUUUGAAGAUGUGUCACGUGACUUACGUACCCAUGCUUAUGCACAGUAUGACACGUUCAGAGUUGACGACGAAGAUUCAAAUUUUAGAUUGCAUGUAAAUGGUUUCUCCGGAAACUGCGGUGAUAGUCUUCGUUACCAUGAUGGAAAUAUGUUCUCGACUAAAGAUAGGGAUAACGACGAAUCGGCUGACGAAAACUGCGCUCAUAUAUUUGAAGGAGCAUGGUGGUACAAAUAUUGUCAUAAAAGCAAUUUGAAUGGAUUGUACUUAUCGGGGAAUCACUCUUCUUACGCCAAUGGGGAGCCUGGGUCAAUGCUUGCAUACCGUCCUGUUACGGAACAAAAGGAUUGCCUUGCACUAUUUGAAAAAGGAUGCAAGGAGGACGGUAUAUAUACAAUAGAACCUGUCGGCGGGCUUAGCAUACAGACAUGGUGCGAUAUGAAAAAUGGUGGAUGGACAGUUAUACAACGUCGACUGGAUGGGUCAGAAGAUUUCUACAGAACAUGGACAGAUUAUGUUUGUGGAUUCGGUAUUAUAUCAGGAGAGUACUGGCUUGGCCUUGAGAAUAUACAUGAGCUAACUACUGUCGACAGUUCCUUAAGAAUUGAAAUGGAAGCAUUUGAAGACGUAUCACCUACACAUGCUUAUGCACAAUUUCACACGUUCAGAGUUGACGACGAAGAUUCGAAUUUCAGAUUGCAUGUAAAUGGCUUCUCCGGAAACUGCGGUGAUAGUCUUAGUUACCAUGAUGGUAAUAUGUUCUCGACAAAAGACAAGGAAUAA